UUAAUGUGUGCGUUUUUUCUAUAUGGUUUCUCAUUCCCAUCAAUUCCUGCUCACCUAGUGUUGAGCAUCAUUUGGGAUGCGAAUAAAUGACGGAAACGCGAAGAAAGUAUUGGAGCUAAUACAAUUAUUCUGCAUUGCAUGGGAAUCGACGGCGUGUAAAUCGGCGUUGUAAUCCGUUGAUUUCAACUGGAAUAAGCACAAGGCAAAUGCUUCACGGUCGAUGUCAAUCGAAAUCGUCAAGAGGUUUGUCAUGGCUUUAUGAUUGAAACCCGAACGAAUACCAUUCUGUCAGAUAUUCAUAUUUUCGCCAGAUAUCGCACCCAACCGUUUAGGACAGUGUAACCCUUUGACAUGCAUUUCCACGCUUUCGUUUUGUGAGCCAAAAUUGAGGACUAUUGAGCUGUAAUAGCUGAAUGAGAUGACAUAGGAUUAGAGUAGUCGGGUUAUAUCUUAAAUGCCUUGAAUUGGUAAAAAGAUAUACAGUAUAAUGGCUAUUUCGUAUCAAUGUAUGUCAUAUAGUUCACCCGUUCAACAACGGUUUUAUGUAGAAUAUAAAAUGCUAAAUAGAAUGCAAUUUGAAGAGGCAACAUAAUUUCAUUGGUCGUGUUGAUUCAUGAGGCCAUCUGAUUGUAACAAGUAUAAUUAAUCCAUGAUACUGGAAUGUAGAGCUACAUGUUAAUGCAAAACUCCACUGUAUAGGCUGUAUGUCAAAGGGGAUUGGCAACAGACAAGGGAGAAGGGAUAACUCAUUAUAGUGUGACACACUAGUGGCCAUACUCUCUUGACCAGCCUCUAUAGGAUUUUACUCUGUGUUCAUGUUGCUGCAUUUUUGGAAUAGAGUUGAUCUGAGGUUGAAUUGCAGUUUAGCCAAAUACAAUAGUCUAAUAGUCUGACAAAGCAUGGCUGACAAGACUGCUCCACGUUGCCAACUGAGGUUGGAAUGGAUUCAUGGAUACAGGGGGCAUCAGUGCCGCAACAACUUGUAUUACACUGCUGGGAAGGAGAUUGUAUAUUUCGUCGCUGGAGUUGGCGUGGUUUACAACACCAGAGAACACACUCAGAAGUUCUUUUUGGGACACAAUGAUGACAUUAUCAGUCUUGCUAUGCAUCCUGACAAAGUUCAAGUGGCCACAGGACAAGUUGGGAAGGAUCCUUACAUCUGUGUUUGGGACACGUACGCUUUGCAGACUGUGUCCAUCCUGCGAGACGUGCACACACAUGGGGUGGCGUGUCUGGCGUUUGAUGUAGACGGACAGCGAUUAGCCUCUGUUGGGCUGGAUGGCAAAAACACAGUGUGUGUCUGGGACUGGAGAAAAGGCAGGGUCCUGGCUACAGCAACUGGACACUCAGACAGGAUCUUUGAUAUUGCCUGGGAUCCGUUCCAACUUCACAGGCUAGUAAGCUGUGGGGUGAAGCAUAUCAAGUUCUGGACCUUGUGUGGGAAUGCCUUGACACCCAAGCGGGGGAUCUUUGGGAAGACCGGGGACCUGCAGACCAUUCUGUGCCUGGCUACGGCAAAGGAAGAAGUGACAUACUCUGGAGCGCUGAAUGGGGACAUUUAUGUCUGGAAGGGGCUGAACCUGGCUCACACAGUCCAAGCAGCCCAUGGAGCAGGGAUUUUCAGCAUGCAUGCCUGUGAGGAAGGGUUUGCUACAGGCGGGCGGGACGGCUGCGUGAGACUGUGGGACGUGGACUUCAAACCCAUCACUAAGAUCGACCUCCGAGAGACUGAGCAAGGAUACAAAAGCCUGUCAAUCCGUAGUGUUUGCUGGAAGGCCGACCGGGUCCUGAUGGGCACCCAGGACAGUGAAAUCUUCGAGGUGAUGGUGCGAGACCGGGACAAGCCGCUGCUCCUCAUGCAGGGUCACAGUGAGGGCGAACUCUGGGCCCUCGACCUUCACCCCAAGCAGCCGGUGGCCGUAACCGGCAGUGACGACCGGUCAGUAAGGCUCUGGAGUUUAUCCGACCACACUCUUAUUGCCCGCUGUAACAUGGAGGAAGCAGUACGCAGCGUCUCCUUCAUCAAUGACGGCUCUCAGCUUGCCCUGGGCAUGAAGGACGGCUCCUUCACUGUGCUCCGCGUCAGGGACAUGACGGAGGUGGUGCACAUCAAAGACAGGAAGGAAGUCAUCCAUGAGCUGAAAUUCUCGCCGGACGGCUCUUACCUGGCUGUUGGCUCCAACGACAGCCUGGUGGACAUCUAUGCCGUUGCGCAGCGCUACAAGAAGGUGGGUGAGUGCAACCACUCCACCUCUUUCAUCACCCACCUGGACUGGUCGGUGGACAGCCGCUUCCUGCAGACCAACGACGGGGCAGGGGAGAGGCUCUUCUACAGAAUGCCAGUGGGGAAGCUCCUUACCAAAGAGGAGACUAAGGGAAUCCAUUGGAUGACCUGGACAGGCAUCAUCGGGCCCGAGGUCAACGGGAUCUGGCCCAAGUAUGCCAACGUCACAGACAUAAAUUCCGUGGACGCCAACUACAGCAGUGCCGUGCUGGUGACUGGGGAUGACUUUGGCCUCGUCAAGCUUUUCAGGUUCCCGUGUCUUAAGAAAGCGGCUAAAUUCAAGAAGUACAUUGGCCAUUCUGCUCAUGUGACAAACGUGCGCUGGUCCCAUGAUCUCCAGUGGGUAUUGAGCACUGGAGGGGCGGACCAUGCCUUGUUCCAGUGGAAGUUUCUUCCAGAGGGGGUGAUGAACGGCGUCCUGGAACCCCUCCUUCAAGAGGGGUACGCGGAUUCAAACAGUGGAGAAUCUGACUCGGAUGUGUCUGACGUUCCGGAGCUUGACUCUGACAUUGAACAGGAGGCCCAGAUCAGCUAUGAACGACAGGUUUACAAAGAGGACCUCCCACAGCUGAGGAAGAAGCUAGUGGGCUCACUGAAACGACAGAAGGCACCAGACGAGGGGCUGCAUUUGCAGUUUGUUCACGGGUACAGAGGUUGUGACUGCAGGAACAACCUAUUCUACACCCAGGCAGGGGAGGUGGUGUAUCCCGUGGCAGCCGUGGCUGUGGUCUAUAACCGUCAGCAGCACGCACAGCGUUUCUACCUGGGUCACGACGACGACAUCCUCAGCCUCACCGUCCAUCCGCUGAAGGACUAUGUUGCGACCGGACAGGUUGGCAGGGACCCAGCCAUCCAUGUGUGGGACAUCCAGACACUGAAGUGCUUGUCCUUGCUAAAGGGCCAUCACCAAAGAGGGGUGUGUGCACUGGAGUUCACAGUGGAUGGGAAGAGUCUUGUUUCUGUGGGCAUUGACGAAGGUCAUUCCAUCGUGUUGUGGGACUGGAAGAAAGGCGAGAAACUGGCAAAAGCAAGGGGCCACAAAGAUAAGCUUUUUGUGGUGAAAUGCAACCCCUUCCGUAUGGACAAGCUUGUCACCGUGGGAAUUAAGCAUAUCAAAUUCUGGCAACACACAGGUGGAGGCCUCACAUUCAAAAGGGGUAUCUUUGGAAACCUCGGAAAGCUAGAGACCAUGAUGUCCGUCUGCUACGGGCGCUCGGAGGACCUGGUUUUCUCAGGUUCCACCACUGGGGAUGUAUACAUCUGGAGAGAGACCACCCUCAUGAAGGCCAUCAAAGCCCACGACGGUCCAGUGUUCGCUAUGUGCUCUCUUGACAAGGGGUUUGUGACUGGGGGCAAGGACGGCGUGGUGGAGCUAUGGGACGACAUGUUUGAGAGGUGCCUGAAGACCUACGCCAUCAAAAGGUCUUCGCUGUCUGCUUCAUCUAAAGGAUUGCUGCUGGAGGACAACCCAUCUAUCCGCGCCAUCAACCUUGGACAUGGACACAUCCUUGUGGGGACCAAAAAUGGAGAGAUUUUGGAAAUUGACAAGAGCGGCCCAAUGACCUUGUUGGUUCAGGGUCACAUGGAGGGUGAGGUGUGGGGUUUGGCUGCUCACCCUCUUCUUCCCAUAUGUGCCACUGUAAGUGACGACAAAACGCUCAGAAUCUGGGAACUCUCCGCCAACCAUCGCAUGGUAGCUGUCCGCAAACUUAAAAAAGGCGGUAGAUGCUGUGCCUUUUCUCCUGAUGGGAAGGCCUUAGCCGUGGGCCUGAAUGACGGCAGUUUCCUGGUGGUGAAUGCCGACACCUUGGAGGACAUGGUGACCUUCCAUCACCGCAAAGAGAUCAUCUCAGAUAUCAGGUUCUGCCAAGAUGCUGGAAAAUACCUCGCUGUGGCCUCUCAUGACACUUUUGUGGACAUUUACAAUGUGCUGACCAGCAAGAGAGUGGGCAUCUGUAAAGGAGCUUCCAGCUACAUCACCCACAUUGACUGGGAUACCCGUGGGAAAUUGCUACAAGUCAACACUGGUACCAAAGAACAACUAUUCUUCGAGGCCCCAAGAGGAAGGAAACAAACUAUCAAUAUUGCAGAGUUUGAAAAGGUGGAAUGGGCCACCUGGACCUCAGUGUUGGGACCCACCUGCGAGGGGGUAUGGCCCACACUCAGUUUUGUAAAUGCUGCCUCUCUCACCAAAGACCGGAAAUUGCUGGCCACUGGGGAUGACUUUGGCUUCCUAAAGCUGUUUGGUUAUCCUUCCAAGGGCCAGUUUGCCAAGUUUAAGAAGUAUGUGGGGCACAGUGCCAAUGUGACAAACGUCCGAUGGUCCAACGAUGACACCAUGCUGCUGUCGGUGGGGGGCGCUGACUCUGCGCUCAUGAUUUGGGCCCGCGAGGCGUCGGGACAUAAGGAGAGCAAGGCGGUGGAUAGCGAGGAGUCUGACGACGAUGCGGAGGAGGAUGGAGGGUAUGACAGUGAUGUUGCACGAGAGAAGGGUACUGAUUACAUCACCAAGAUCUAUGCCGUCAGCAUCCGGGCCAUGGUUGGCACAAAGCCUCACCAGCGAGAGAAAGAAGUGCCCGUGGAGGAAAGGCCUCCCGUCAGUAGAGCUGCCCCCUUACCAGAGAAACUGCUGAAGAACAACUUAACCAAGAAGAAAAAACUUGUUGAGGAGCUGGCCUUGGAACAUGUGUUUGGAUAUCGGGGUUUUGAUUGUCGAAACAACCUGCAUUACCUCAACGAUGGUGCCGACAUAAUCUUCCACACUGCUGCAGCAGUGGUCAUCCAGAACCUCUCUGCUGGGACUCAGAGCUUUUACCUCGAGCACACAGAUGACAUUCUAUGUCUCACUGUCAAUCAACACCCAAAGUAUCUAAACGUCAUUGCCACAGGACAGAUUGGUGAUGUCACCGACCUGCCAGAGUUGGAAAUUGGUGGCCUCGCCCCCUCCAUCCACGUGUGGGAUGCAAUGAGCAAACAGACGCUGUCUGUCUUACGGUGUUCGCACGCCAAGGGGGUGGGCUACGUCAACUUCAGCGCCACGGGCAAGCUGCUGCUGUCGGUAGGGGUGGAGCCUGAGCACACCAUCACCGUCUGGCGCUGGCAGGAAGGCACCAAAGUGACCAGUAAGGGCAGCCAUGCCGACAGGAUCUUUGUGGUGGAGUUCAGGCCUGACUCGGACACCCAGUUUGUGUCGGUGGGAAUCAAGCAUAUCAAGUUCUGGACCCUAGUGGGAGGUUCCCUCAUGUACAAGAAAGGAGUGAUCGGCGCAGUGGAAGACGGCAGGAUGCAGACCAUGUUGUCUGUGGCUUUCGGUGCUAAUAACCUCACAUUUACCGGUGCCAUAAAUGGUGAUGUGUAUGUGUGGCGAGAGCACUUUCUGGUGCGGGUGGUGGCCAAAGCACACACAGGGCCCGUUUUCACGAUGUACACCACACUCAGGGACGGCCUCAUCGUGACUGGAGGGAAGGAGAGGCCGACUAAGGAGGGCGGAGCAGUUAAGUUGUGGGACCAGGAGAUGAAGCGCUGUAGGGCAUUCCAACUGGAGACUGGGCAGGCAGUGGAGAAUGUUCGGUCUGUGUGCCGGGGGAAGGGUAAAAUCCUUGUUGGAACUAAAGAUGGUGAGAUCAUUGAGGUGGGUGAAAAGAAUGCUGCCUCUAACACCAUGAUCAACGGACACACUCAGGGGAGAAUCUGGGGACUAGCUACUCACCCCUCAAAAGACAUGUUCAUUUCUGCCAGCGAUGACGGCACCAUCCGCAUAUGGGACCUGGCAGAUAAGAAACUUCUAAACAAAGUCAGCUUAGGCCACCCAGCCAAAUGCACAGCCUACAGCCCCAAUGGAGAGAUGGUGUCCAUAGGCAUGGAGAACGGAGAGUUUAUCGUCCUCCUGGUCAACUCCUUAACAGUGUGGGGCAAGAAGAGAGAUCGGAGUGUAGCCAUCCAAGACAUUCGAUUCAGCCCGGACAAUCGUCUGCUAGCGGUGGGCUCUGUGGACAACGCGGUGGACUUCUACGACCUAACUCUGGGUCCUUCACUCAACCGUAUUGGCUACUGCAAGGACAUUGCUGGCUUUGUCAUCCAGAUGGACUUUUCCGCUGACAGCAAGUACAUCGAGGUAUCCACAGGUACGUACAGUCGGCAGGUCCAUGAGGUUCCAUCAGGAAAGAUGGUAGCCGAGCAAUCUGUCAUUGAAAGGAUCACUUGGGCCACCUGGACUAGUGUACUAGGAGAUGAGGUGCUGGGGGUGUGGCCGCGAAACGCUGAAAAGGCUGACGUCAAUUGUGCUUGCGUCUCUCAUGCCGGCCUCAAUGUAGUCACCGGGGAUGACUUUGGCCUUGUCAAGCUCUUUGACUUUCCAUGCAUUGAAAAAUUUGCCAAACACAAGCGCUACUUUGGCCACUCGGCUCAUGUGACAAAUAUACGUUUCUCCUACGAUGACAAAUAUGUGAUCAGUGCAGGUGGCAAUGACUGCAGUUUGCUUGUAUGGAAAUGCCUGUGAUUAAGUGUCACCAAUUGUCACUGGAGCUCUUCAGAUGCAAAGAAAGGAUCCGGAUGCCUCAAUCUGAACUGCUGCAUGCCUGAAAUGCUGCAUUUACACAUUUGUGGACUGAUAAUGACCUUGACCAAUGCAAAUUAUAGGGUAGAACUAGAACAAAAACCUCUAACCUGGAAUCAAGAAAAUAACAUUGCUAUUGUGAUAGAACAUACAGUUCUCUAAAAGCUGACUGACUGAUUAUCAUCAGGCGGUACAUGGCAAUGUCUCAGGGGAUACUUAAUACGUUACAAAUAUAAUUCAGUUUGUGAAUUCCUGUGUUACACUUGAAGUUUUGGGAAUAAUGAAUUGUAAUUGUGACAAUUGAUUUAUUUGUUUGUGCAAAUAAGUAUAGGGUAUUGAUAAUGAUAAUAAUUAGUGUAAAUGCUUUUUUUUACAGAGACACAUCUCAGUGAUAUUGAAGGGAGUGUCAGCUAUAGAGCAAGUUUCAGAAAUGUGAUGAGAAUCUAUUUAAUCGACAGUGUGAUAUUUUGGAAGUGGAAAAUAUAGGUUACAGUAUACUGUAAAACAUAUUAGGCAUAUUCACUGAGAGUAAUGUAGGGCACAACAUUCAAGAGGACAUGUUUCAGAGGGUCAAAUGGUGUUGUACCACCCUAAUCCUUGUUCAACUUUUUCUUCUCAUGCUUAACACAUGAAAUGGCAAGAACCACGGUCAAGUCAAUUUGUUAUACAAACACGUUCUUCAGACAUUAAUGCAUGAUGUUUAAGUGCCUUUAAGAAAUUAUUCACUUAACAUUUUUUAUACAGUUCUGGUGCUAUAGAACAUGUAGUCAUAGGGCUUUUAUAAAGUUAGUCGUAUUGAUAUGUUAUGUAUGUUUUUUUUCUCUUAUUAUUCUUGUACAUUGACCAAAACAUAUUAUACUCUUACUUGCAGCUUUUCCUCUUAAAAUAUAUCCAAACGCAUGGAACUCAGGAGCCAUACAAAGCAUUAAAGGGGAACUUUAACUAAAAGUCAUGACUUGACAUUGUGCCCCCUAAAGAUGUCACGAUCGUCGGAUAUAGAGGACCAAGGCGCAGCGUGGAAGGUGAACAUACUUAUUUAUUAAAUGAUAC